UAACUUUGCCCUAUAAAUACUUCCAAAACUGCAUUCUCUAUGUACACUGACGACUCAAACUUUAAAAUCAGAGCUUUGUGUUUUGAAGAUUCAAAUGGGGGAACCACUACCAGAAGCCUCGAAAGCCCAGAGUUCCACUAUGGUGAAUGAAGACAAGAAAACUGACAAGAAAUCAACUAACCAGAAACCAACUUCCCUACUGACAAAAAUAUAUGAACGAUUACGAAAACUGGAGGCCGCAAAUAAAACACCAUCUCAACUCCCAAAAAAACAAGAGAAAACCAAUAUUUCUGGGACUUCAAAAGUCCAGGAAACGCCAUCUGAAAGUCCACAAAAACAAGCCAAAACAAAUACUUCUGGGCCUCCAGAAGUCCAAGAAAAAGCAUCCGAUAGCCCACAAAAACCAGACAAUAUGAACCUUUCUGAGCCUUCAGAAGCCAAGAAGAAACCAUCCGAAAGCCCAAAAAAACACGAGAAAAUAAACAUUUUUGGGCAUAUAGGGGUGGGCAAAACACGAGUGGCAAAGAAAGUAAGUGCACGUGCCAUAAAAGAAAACGUGUUUGAUUUCACAAUCUGGGUGUUUAUGUGCAGGGAGUACACCAAAGACUCCCUCUGCAUGAGCAUUGCCCGACAAUUAUUCUUAAUCCCCGCGAACGAGGAGUGGGAGGUUGACGAUGACAACAAUAAGGUACAAGAUCAGGAUUGGGAUGAGGUGCCUGACACAGACGAGUUGAUUAAAAAGAUAAAAGAAAAACUUCUAAGGAAGGUGAUUAAAAAGGAUGGGGAUGAGGUGCCCGCAACUCUUGUGGUUCUUGAUGAUGUUCUAGAUGGCAAAAGCACCAUAACUAAUCAAGAAACAACGUUUUGGAGAGUGUGGAACGAAAUGUUACCAGUUGAUGAUAUAAGGUUUGCAUCGGUUUUAAUCUCGAUAAAGAAGAGGGAAGGUGAUGAAGAGAUUUCACCUGAAAAUGUGUUCGAGAUUCCAGCUUUGACUGCAGAAGAUCGCGACGACUUGUUCAAAAAAAAUCUUGAAACAACUGAAUUCCCCAUAAAAAAAGAAUCUUUCAGGCAACAAUUUGUUGAUAAGUUCAUAGGUGGUUGGACAGCUAGAAAUGUAAUCUUGAUUGCAAAAAUUUUGAAUCACUAUUGCGCGGAUGAAUCGAGAGUGUCGUUUAUUGAGAAAGAACUGAAGGAAGAAACAGAAAUCAAGAGUUUAAGCAAGUUUUUUUGUAGUGAGCAUAUGCAUGAUGUGUUACCAAUUGGUGUGUUGAAAGAUCUACGGUGGAAGGGUGAUCAUUUCUUUCGUAAAUCUGGAAGUGUUCAUUACAGUGAGUUGAUUACUUACUGGAUAUUAGAAGGGUAUCUUGGUGGUGGUAGCAUGACCAAGUUGUACCAAAAGGGUCAUGGUGUGCUAAUGGAGCUUAUUGGUUGUGGGGUGAUUAAAUUGCAAGAGGGUGGUUAUGUUUUCAUGGAAAACGAACUUAUAGAGGCGCAUGAUUUGUACCAGCGUGUUGAGCAAAACCCUAAUCUUGGGUUAGCAACUGUGAUUAGUUCUAAGGAAGAAGGGUUGGGAAGAAUUACACACAGUGAUGGAAUGUUGAAGACAACUCCCAAGAGACCAAAGAAGAAACUGGCGUCAGAAGAACGCGUUCAAGAUCUACCAACAAAUGAAACUUUGUUGCUAGACGGAACGCGUUUUACUAUGCCAGAAAUCGAAGGUAUCGUUAAAAAAGAAACUAACUGCAAAGCUUUUGGUUUGUUUUAUCUGACGAUCACAGAGUUACCAACGGAUAUGCAAAAGAUGAAAUGGCUUCGUGUUCUCGUGCUUAGAGAUUGCGAGUUUUUGACUAAGGCAAAGGUGAGUUUAGAAGCUUUGGAGGUUCUCGAAAUAUCCGGUGGCCGAAAUCUCAAACGGCUCACAUCGAGCUUCUUUAAAAACCUGUUGAAGCUCAAAAGCCUUCAUCUUUCUGGAUUGCAAAUCCAAUCUAUACCUCAAGCCAUUUACAAUCUUGAAAACAUCAAGUGGCUUAUUGUCAAAGAUUGUCCUCGUUUGAAGAAGCUUGAGAGUAUUUCAAAGCUUGUGAAUCUUAUUGUUGUUGAUCUCUCUGGUAACACCUCUUUGGAUACUCUUGAUAAAAACUUUUUGAAAUUUGUAAAACUCCAGAGCCUUAAUCUUUCCAAAACCCUUUUGUCCACAACACCAUUGUUGAAAAACCGAGAAGAACUCACUCACUUAUUGUGUAGGGAUUGUUCAGAUUUAGGUCGGUUACGAGGCUUGACAUCAUUAAAAAGCCUCCAAACCAUUGAUCUCUCAGGUUCUGACAAAUUCGAAGAAUUUCAUGAUUCGUCUUUACAAAGCCUAACUUCCCUUAUAACCCUUAAACUAUCCGAAACCGCCAUUGAUCGCUUGCCUUCUAAUAUUUCAAAGCCUCAUUAUCUUUACCUCGAGCGUUGCCCUAACUUACGACAACUCAAGGGCGUUAACUCCUUUGAAAACCUCGAGGUUCUUCAGCUUUCGGGUUCUAGUAAUCUUGUUGAAAUUGAGGAUAAGUUGUUCGAGAAAAUGGAUCAUCUUCGAGUGCUUAAACUUUCGGAAACUAAGAUUUCAAAUCUCCCAUCGCCUUUAAAUCUUCCCAAUCUUCGUGAAUUUGAUCUAUCGAACUGUCGCGAACUAGAAACUUUUCCAUGGAUCGAAUCCGCUGAAAAGUUAGAGGUCCUUGAUGCAUCAAAUUGCAGCAAUUUACAAGUGAUGGAUAGUAAAUCUUUUCAGAAAAUGACUCGUCUUCAAAAGAUUGACUUUUCCAACACAAAAAUAAAGUCAUUCCCAUCUCUUCCUAAUCCAUGUAAUCUCUCUCGGCUUUUACUGAAGAACUGUAACAAGUUAGAGAAUCUUGUAUUAGAUGGUCAAUAUCUGCCGUUAGAAAAAAAGGAUGGCCAGUUUCCGCAGUUAGAAAAAAAAGAUGGUCGGUUUCCGAAUCUAGAGGAACUAAAUCUUUCGGGUGUCAAAUCAUUAAAACCAAACGGAGCCAAAUUUGUGGAGGAAGUGAGCAGCCUUAGAAUCCUUGAUCUUUCUUACACAUCUAUCACACAGUUGCCAUCCUUGUUAAAUCUCACAAAGCUAACUCAUCUUUCUCUUGCGGGUUGUAAGUUCUCAUCUGAACCUAAACUUGAUUAUCCACCUUCUAAGAUUGAAGUCUUGGAUCUUUCACGAUCAUCAAUCAAAAGCCUAACAAACCUCAAAGAUCACACAAACCUUAAAAAGCUCAUGCUCAAAGAAUGUUUAACAACGAGUUUCCAAUUACCUCAUGAGAUCUCCACAUCCACUCAUCUUGAGUAUAUCGAGUUUCCAAAUGUCAAUGUAACAUCUACACCACAAGAGGUGAAUGAUCAAGAUUGCUGGAACAUCUGCGAGCUAUCCCAAGAUGAUAAAUCUCCGGUAUUCCAUAAUCCCACCCAGUUUCUUAAGAUAAAUCAGUUGGCAAAUGGAUCGUACCAGUUAUGUGCAGUUCCAAACAAGGUGGAAGGUGAAACCUCGAGCAUAUAUCCUCAAAGACACGAACUUGUCUUCCGAGAUGUCUACCUUCAAACUGCUCGGUUCACUCGAUACAAGAACAAAAAGUCAUUGCAGAUUCGCGGAUUCAGCCAAUUCCCAAAGGGUAUCGAAUUCAAGAACAUCAUCAAAGGUAUUGACUUGGUACUUUUGAUUGAUUAUAAGCUCAAGGGCAUUCCAUCUGAUUUCGAUGUGUCAAUGCUCCCCAACUUAAAGGGAUGUUGGAUCGAAAAAUGCAGUGAAAUGGUCACCGUUUUCCAAGAGAAAGAACCAAACAACGACAAGCCUAAGAAAGAACCAAACAACGACAAGUCCGAAAAAGAACCAAACACCAACAAGCCCGAGAAACAACCAAACACCGACAAGCCCGAGAAAGAACCAAACAAUGACAAGCCUGAGAAAGAACCAAACAACGACAAGUCUGAAAAAGAACCAAACACCAACAAGCCCGAGAAACAACCAAACACCGACAAGCCCGAGAAAGAAUUAAACAAUGACAAGCCUGAGAAAGAACCAAACAACGAAAAUCCCGAGAAAGAACCAAACAGCGACAAGCCCGAGUUCAAUAUUCCCUUGGAGGAUUUGUCACUCCGUAAUAACAAGAAAUUAAAAACUAUAUAUAGUGGGAAACAACCGUUUAAAGGCUUUGAUUCUUUAAAGAGUUUGUAUAUAGACAGUUGUCGAGAACUAACCAGUGUAUUUUCAUCAUCAUGUCUACCAAAGAAUCUUGAAGUUCUUGAAAUCAAAUAUUGUGACAAGAUACUUGAUUUUGGAGGUGAACUUCCACAAUCUUUACAAGCUCUUAAAAUCUGGGAGUGCCCUAAAGUAAAGCAACUCGAGGCCGAAUUCAAGAUCCCAGAAGGUUUGAAGACUUUAUCGAUCUCGGGUGCGAAUAGUUUGAAAAACUUCGUGACAACAAAUAACGAACCCAUUAAACUUGAAACCCUAAAAGUGGAAAACUGUUCGAAUUUGGAACACAUUAUGUCUUCGAGUUCAAUAUUAGCAUACAUCAAUAUGAUCGACAUCCGGUCAUGUGAGAGGAUGAAGAAUUUGUGUACGGAUAUCGAUAGCAAAACGACGUGGGAAAACUUGAAGAAACUGCAUCUUGAAGAGCUGCCGGUGUUGAAACAAAUUGGUGCUUUUGUCCCACCAACAGUAAAACCGUCUGUUGUCGAAUGCCCAAAUGUGGAACCCAUUGUUGACUAGAUUGACUCACACAUACAUCAUGGCCUCAGUUAAGGAAGAAAAUAUAUAUACAAUUGUGGUUUUCAUCAAUGUACUCACAAUAAGAUGGAUGGAUCCAAGAUGACGAUCACAUCAACUUGUUGGAUCCGAUUCACAAACAUGAGUCUUGUUUGUAUUCUAUGCAUUUAAAGUUGUACCAGUAUUGUUGAAGAUGUUUGUGCUUUAUGUAUUAAAAUAUUAUAAUAAUUUCAUGUACUUUGUAUUGGAUGUUGGGUAUGUAUUUUAUGUUGAACGUGUAA